AUGCAGUCAAGAAAACCAUUAUUUGUUAAACCCGGCGACGACAACUUAUACCCGGUUAAAAACAAAGAUGGUAUUAUAGAGACUUUUAUAAAUCCGAGCGUUGACGCUUCACUAACUGUAGACAAUGAUGCGAAGACGAACUUCGUGUAUAAUAGAUACCACCAUCUUCCCUUGGAGUCUCAGAGACAGAAGUUACCAGUUUUUCAAUAUCGGAACCACAUUCUUUACCUUAUGGAGAAAUAUCAGACAUUAAUAUUAAUCGGUGAAACGGGAUGUGGAAAGUCUACUCAAGUACCUCAAGUAAGUUUUUUAUAG